AUGAGCGGAGGCAGCGCAAACAACCAGUCCACAGCGGAGAGUUCCCUGCCCACACAGUCUUCAAGCGGCUGGACGGAACCGCGCGGAGUCUUCUUGCCCUGUGGUAACAACAGCGCAGCCUCUGCAGCUAUCAAAAACCCGACACUCGGCACCGAACGUCCGAGCAUUUCAGGCAGUAGUGAGACGGGGGGCUUCCUCAUAGGCUCUGACUUUGACAUGCGACGUGCAAACGUUGCACUUCCACCCACGAUGCCGCCACCACUGCCACCACUGGUUUCAGGACCGAGUCCCGCUCAGGUCGUGGGCUCAAUACCACCGGACUCCUCACCCAAACCUUUGGGCUUGGCCUCAUUCCGCUGUGCUAACCCUCAGGACUCCUGCGCCCUGGUGGCGCCAUACGCCCAGCUACAGCUCUCCCUCUCCCUGGAUCAAUAUGACACCCCAGAGGAGAUCUUCCGAGCUGAGGGAAGCGACUCCAGUUGCUCCUAUGCUCAACACGCGAGCUCAAACCCUACCACCAAUUCCUCCCUACUACAGUCCUACUGCGAACACGGAGGUGGUGACUACAAGAGUUGA